AUGGAAGACGACUCUGAAUUCUUGUGUUAAUAAGAAGGUCAUGAUGAAGAUGAAAUAAUUGGUUUCUGUCUCAAUAAUAAUUGUAAAGAAAAUACACAAUUUUGUUUAAAAUGCUGUUGGGAUAAGCACAGCAGUCAUGAAGAAGAAUGCAAAACAUUUAAACAGAUCUAAAAGACAAUUAUAAGCAACAAAUUACUUGAGGAAAAGUAACACACCCAAUUAAUUAAUAAAAUGAAAGAAAUAUAAACUUUGUGUGAUCAAAUUACUCAACACAAGAAUGUGGACACUGGGAAAUUGUAGAUUUUAGAAAAAGACUUGAAGGAUAAAGAAUAUAAAAAAUGCUUAGAACACAUUCCAUUUUUUAAAAAAUAUUGUCUAUAUUUACAGUCGAAUUCAUAAUGUAAGAUGAUUUUUAUAUAAUUUUUUAGAAAUGCUAUUAGAAUAAUUAGAUAAAGGAUUAUAAACAUUAAAAUUGUUAACAUUAGGAAUCCCUGAAAUUUUAGAAUAAACUAAAGGUACUAUAUUAUAUGUUAAUUUAAGUUUUGGAGAACUAUAAUUCAUCAAUUAAAUCUGAAAUUAUUAAUCCAAACCAAAAUCAAUAAAAACCACCUUAAGUUGAAGUCUAAAAAAAAGGUUAUUAUAUCUAUAUAUAUUUAGAUUAAGAAGUCUAAGUUAAUAUAGAAAUGCCAAUAUAGAAUUAAAACUUAAAAUAAUAAUAAUAAGAAAUUGAAAUUUUAGAAAAAAAAGAAAUUAUAAAACCACAACCCUAUCAACCUACUAGAGUUGGAUUACCACCUUAAGUAAUAUAAGUUUCUAAUUUAGUAAAUAAAUUAAUAACCUUCCUCUGUUUCUAGUUAUUAAUAACCAAAACCAUCAAACCCUCCUUCUGUUUCAAAUUAAUCCUCAAAUAUAUAUCCUCCUCAAGGUUCUAGUCUACAAAAGCAAAAUCCACCAUAAAAUUCAAUAAAUAAGCCAAAUCAACCACCUCCAGGAUCUAGCUAAAUUAAUUAAUAACCUCCUUCAAACAAAAUUCCUCCUCCUGUUACUAAACCCCAAUAAUUACCUACAUCAAAUCUACAUCCUUAAUAACAAAAUGCUCAAAAUUCAAUCCCUUAAAUUCCUAAAGCUAAUCCUAUUCCAGCCAAUCAAGUAUAAAUAUAAAAAAAUUAACCAUAAAAAUCAGAUUCAGAAGCUUAAUAGCCUGAUUUCUAAAAAGUUAUGAAUAUGAUUAAUAGUGUAGGGCAACAAGGUUUGUUGAAAUAAGUAAUUGAAUUUUCAUUACAAUAAGCAAUGGAAAAAAAUGCAAAGUAAAUUUUAGAUUAUUAAAUUUAAGGGACAACAAUCAGCCAGUGCCUAAAAUAUCACUCACUAAUGAAUAAGUUGAAUAUUAUAAGGGUUUAAUAGAAUCUUAGUAGCUCUAAAAGUAAUGUAAAUAAUAUAUCUUAAAUUAAGGUGCUGAAUUAUUGUAAAAAGAAAAAUAUAAGGAAACAAUAGACCUAAUCGAUAAAGCAAAUUUAAAUGCAAUAGAAGACAAUUUUGAAAUUUUAUUAAUAAAAUGUAAAGGAAUUUCAUAACCUUAGGGAAAUGCUUAAUUAAAUUAAAUUAAUUUGAGUAAGCUCUUGAGACUUGUAAUCAUAUGAUUGAAAAUCAUCCAGAAAAAACAUAAGUCAUACCUCUAAAAGGUAAGAUCAAAAUUUAUUUGCAAGGUUUGACUUUACAUCAUUUAAGCAGAUACGAAGAAGCCAUAGAUUUUUUUGAUAUAGGAAUUGAACUAAAUCAAAACGAUUUCAAUUCCUUUUUUCAUAAAGGUUUAUAAUUUUUGAUAUUUCCUUAAAGGGUAGACUUUACUUGUAUUGAAAAAAUAAGAAGAAGCUAUCAAAUGUUUUGAAAGAGCAAUUGAAAUAGAUCCUGAAAAUGAACAUUCAUACUUUUUAUUAGGUAUUCAAAAUAUCUCAUCUUAGGAAAUGCAUUAAAGAAAUUAGGUUAAUUCCAUUAAGCAGUUCAAAAUUACAACACAGCAAUAAAUAUAAAUCCAUAACAUUAGAUAGCCUUCACCUUCAAAUGUAAAUUUUAGUUUUUAUUUUAUAGCUCAAUGUCUAAUAGAAUUAAAAGUAUAUGAAGAAGCAAUUAGAGCCGCAGAUGCUGCAAUAUUAAUCAAUCCAAAUAAUCCAAUGGCUCAAUAUAUUAAAGGUUACAUUUUUUAAUACUUUAAGGUGUCGGAUUACUUAAAGUAGAGGCUUUCAAAGAAGCACUUGAUUGCUUUGAGAAAGCAAUAAUGAUAGAAGGUACUAUGCAUGAAGCCCAUGCCUCGAAAGGUUAUUAUCUUUAUUAUUUUUUAGGAGAAACACUUCAUAAAAUGAACAAAUUUAUUGCUGCUGUGGCAUCCUAUGAUUUAGCCCUCUAAUUAUCCCCUGAUCCCCAAUAUAUGUUAAAAAAAGGUAAUUCAUUCUUUAAUAUUUAAAGCUGAGUCUUUACGAGCUCUGGAGAAAAUUGAAGAAGCAGAUAUAUUAUAAAGUUAAGCACAAUAACGCAUAGAUCAACAAGAGCAAUCUAAAAAUUAAGACAUAAAAGAAUAAUAAUAAAUUUGA